ACCGCCAACAGGUUGCGGAAGCUCGGACACAUGUCGGAAGUCCCCAGACGGAGUUCUGUAUCGAUCUCUGGAAAUGAAUGAGGGGCCGGACCGGAUGUGGGACCAGCAGCUACCUUCAGCUGGGCUCGGAGGAAAUGUGGUGCUUUAACGGACAAACAAUAGCGCCCCUCUAAAUCCGGUCACCUGAACUCAGUUUCUCAGGAAAAGAAGGAGCAGAAACGCAGCGUUCAUUUACAAAUGCAUUUUACGCCUCCGGAAGGAGCAGAAAGCAGAGAAAAGUGUCGCUAAACCCACUGACUCCGAACUGAUUAUCCUGCAGGUCCGUGGUUUUGGCUGACGGGCCGUGUAAACGCGGCUUGUAAAGGAACUCCACCGUGGUUGGUCGUAGUGUAUAGAGCCCCUCCAGGCUUCUCAGCCAUGGCUCUCCUGGCCUACGUGAAGAGCCUGUUCAUCCUGCAGCUGCUGAUGGGCUUUGUGUUUGUGGUGAGCGGCCUCAUCAUAAACUUCAUUCAGCUCUGCACCUGCAUCCUCUGGCCCAUCAACAGACAGCUCUACCGUAGAAUCAACUGCCGGCUGUCCUACUCUCUGUGGAGUCAGCUGGUGAUGAUGCUGGAGUGGUGGUCUGGCACAGACUGCACUCUAUACACCGACCAGGCUACGGUGGACAAGUUUGGCAAGGAGCACGUCAUCAUCAUCCUCAACCACAACUUUGAAAUCGACUUCCUCUGUGGCUGGACCAUUUGUGAAAGAUAUGGUGUCUUAGGGAGUUCCAAAGUGUUGGCCAAACACGAGCUGCUGAAGGUUCCUCUGAUCGGCUGGACCUGGUACUUUCUCGAAAUAGUGUUUUGCAAAAGAAAGUGGGAGGAGGACCGAGAAACAGUUUUUGCAGGCCUGGACAGGCUCAGAGACUAUCCUGAAUAUAUGUGGUUUCUGCUGUAUUGUGAAGGGACCCGCUUUACAGAGAAGAAGCACCAAAUCAGCAUGCAGGUUGCAGAGAGUAAAGGCCUGCCCAAGCUCAAGUAUCACCUUUUACCCCGAACCAAAGGGUUCACCACCACGAUGCAGUGUCUUAAAGGCACAGUCACCGCCGUGUAUGAUGUGACUUUAAACUUCAAGGACAACCAGACUCCCACUCUGCUGGGCAUUGUCAAUGGCAAAAAAUACAAAGCUGACCUGCGUGUUAAGCGGUUUCCUGUGGAAGAUAUACCUGACAAUGAGCAGGAAUGUGCCAACUGGCUGCACAAGCUCUACCAGGAGAAGGACGCCUUACAGGAACAGUACAACAAGGAAGGAAAGUUCCCCGGACCUACAAUCAUCCCGCCGCGCCGCCUUUGGACGCUGCUGAACUUCCUGUUCUGGGCCACCCUCCUGUUGUCGCCCCUCAUCAAAUUUGCAUGUGGCGUUGUCGUCAGUGGCUCCCCGCUCCUCAUCAUUGGUUUCAUCACCUUCCUCAUCAUUGCCUCUGUAGCUAUUCGUCGUCUCAUCGGAGUCACAGAGGUGAAGAAAACCGGCUCCAGUUACGGAAACCAGGAGGCCAAGAAACAAAACUAGACUGUGUAACCCCCUCCCAUGUUCGUACAGCCACCCCCGCGGUGUUUCACUCCCUGCCCAACUCCAUUCUCCUCCAGCCGUCGGCUCAGUUGGGAGGCCGGGGAGGAGGCCCACCUGUGAAAACAUACCCGACACCAGAGUCAAAAAAAAAAAUCCUGCCGGCCCUAGAGAAGACCAGAAGUUGUGGGAAUGACGCUGUCUGGUGUGUCACAGAUUCAAGGGAGGGGGGAGAGGCAGUACUGUAAAUCCACCAAACUCCCAAUUAAGUCCCGGUAAAUCUCAGUCACUAACAACAAAAAGCCUGUAAGAUCUCUGAGGUCAUUUUCUUAACUAUGUAACCUACAGUUACUUCCUGUAGGCCUUCAGCCAAUCUGGGAACGGCGACACGCUGAUUAUUUUCAAGUGCACCUAACACAGUCCAAUCCAUAUCGAUUUUGUUUUAUCUAAACCUUCAUGCAGCGCUGUUUUUUUCUCUCCGAAACCUUCUUGUGAUGGAAAUCGGUGCCUUUAGGCCCAGCCUGGCUUUCCUUAAUCAGGUCACUUCACAGUAAUCACUCAAAACCUGCUUAGUGUUUAUAUUAUACUCAGAUUUAUACAACAAAACCAAACAUCAGAAAUUUCGUAAAAUGAAAAUUAGAGAUGCACUGAUCAGGAUUCUGUGGCCAAUAUCUGAUCACCAGUUGCAGUAAAACUUCAUCCUACUGACACAAUUUUAGAUGAUUAAAGAUUAUUUUUAAGAGCUUUAAAAACGCCAUUAAAAAUGCGUUUUCCUUCCAACUUUGAGCCGUCGUUUCUACUAGAAGUACACCGAUUGGGAAAAAGAUUGGAUCUUUUGGUUUCAGACACGUCACCGAUCAAGCUGAAAACCGGCUGAUUGGAGCCACCAGCCGAUUUCUCGGUGCAUCUCUAAUGAAAAGCUAAAACUGGCUUGAGAAUCGACUCCAGAAGGAUGCUUUAACAGUUGUCUAUUUAAAGGGAAAUGAACCAUAAAUUUAUUUGGAGAUUCUUAAAACACUCUCUAAAUAGAAACGUGUGAGCACGACCUCAGUGUACUGACCUGCUCACGUUGGAUCGGACAGGCUGGUGUCUGUUAAACUACAGCAAGGGCUCUGAAUGUGAAAACUGUCCUCAUCAAGGAUACCUGCCAUCUGUUCCAGGUCUCUUCUUAAAACAUGCUUUUUGCAUUCCUUCCUCCCGUCGCUCCAUUUCUCUUAUUUAGAUUUCACAUAUUCUCAUCAGUGUGUAACCGGACAUUCUCGGACCUCCCAAACGUGCUAUUUCAACACACCAAGCCCUGCCCUCCCCUUGAGGUUGAAACGCAGCUCACUGUGGAACAUGACUGGCAGAAGAUUCAAGCGAAAAAGGUCACCAACUGUCUUCAUGGAGCCACACAGCUGUUAGCAUAGACUGCAGUAGGAGUAUUUUUAACCUUUGCCUUAAAUCAAGCUUGCUCAGGCAAGGGAUUGCUUAUUUACCUCCCUUUUUGAGGCGCAUAACGCCACUUUUGUUAUGUUUUAAAUAUUCACCCUUAAUUCCCGCCAUUACAGCAAUGCAUGGUGGAGUAGGAAGAGUUGGUGAGAUGAGUGAAUAAUUUCAAUGAACUCUUAAAAGUGGUAUAAUAGUGGUUUCAAUGUUAAUUGAAGGGAUUUCUUUGGAGGUUUUGUUUGACAUAAAAGUAAUUUAUUAGUUUUGUUUAGGAAUAAAAAGUAUCUGUAAGAGAAGAAAAUUUAAUUUAAUGACUUAUAGGAAGGUGAUUUUUUUUUUUUUGCAUUAAACCCACUUUUUAAUCUCAAAGUUGAUUUUUAUAGGAAAAUCUUUUGUUAUCCACUUUUAAUAAUUUCAGAUGAUUUCUAGGAAACCUUUGGUUGUGUUUGAAUACUACUCUUCAGCGGUGAAAUGUCCAGCUCUUCUUUCUGUACUUAUCUGCAACCAGACAGAUUUCAUCCGAGCCUUAAUUAGUACCAAGGGCCAAAGUGCCACAAUCCGGUGAAUAAAUAGAUCCUGAAUAAGCCUUUAUAUAUGUGACAAUUUAAAUAAAAUUGGAAAUGUAUACAAAUUACUAAAAGUUUAUCUAGAAUUUAUAUAUUUCAAUCAUUUAUAAAACACAUAGUUCAAUGUGAAAAAGCAUUAGAUGUAAUUAAAAUUUGAGUUGUAAUAAAAUUUGCAAUAAGUAAAUAAAGAUUGAAAACACUUUA